AUGGCAAAGACAUUCGAAAAGGUUCACGCGUGUUCCGUGGGCAAAUUUGAAGGAAAUACAGACAAGAUACCUCUAUGGGUCAGAAACAAUGGGGGAGUUUACUCCAAAGUCAUGAACGAAGACGUAACCCAUUUGAUUACGACAAUAGACGCAUACAAGAAGAACGGCGAAACUGUCCGAAAGGCGAAACGAUUGAGAACCGUGAAGAUUGUAUCGUACGAGUGGAUCGCGGACUCAUUGACAUCCAAAUCGCGCAAGCCAAAGCAAGAAACUCCGUACCUUUUAGAAAACCUCGUUGGAGAUACAAAGAUAAAAGGGGGAACUGCCAGCAAAUCCAAAACAAGGGCACCGAAGCCAAAGAAGAAGAAACAAAAAACCCAGGAUAUCUUCGAUAGCAAUUGCCGGGCAUCAAAGGCCAGAACAGAAGCCUUGAACUAUCACCCUUACCUCGACUUGGACUCUGGAGAACCCUACUAUGCCACACUUGUACGGCCACUGGCCAAGUCCAAAGAAAGAUUCCAGCUCAGAAUCUACGAAUCAAACAUCGAGCCGCGGAAAUAUGCCACCCAUGUUAAAUAUAGCAGGACUGGCAAGUCGGAUGCCGAGCUUCUCGCUCCGCUUGGGAGCACACGAGAGCUUGCCUUAAAGGCAUUCAAGGGCUUCUUCAGCCAAAAGACAGGAACGCAAUGGGAAAAAAGAUUCGAACAUAUACAACCGCAACCGAAACAGGAUUCCGAGGGCAACGUAUUGCCUGUAAAUCAGGGAUGGUUUCGUCACGAAGUUCAGACAUCAGUUCUGGCAGGCUUCCUCCGACACGGGCCAACAGAUGCACGCGAAAAAGAACAGGCUCUACAAGGCGAUGACCAUUCGACUGUACAUUAUCCCGAGCAUAAAACUGUGAAUUCUGCAAGGGAAGACGAAGACCAGAUCGAUCAAAACGAGGGGUCAGAAUAUGGGGAUGCAGCAGAGCACCUCGAAGAACCCGAUGCCUCUUCUGUGAAUAAAAUGCCAGCAGAGCCAGGUAACUCGGGGGAGAGUGAAAGCAGUGAGCCUCCUAAAUACUCCGAGUGUGUGAACAAUGUCAACCCGCGUUUUCACGCUCAGUGAUACUAUAUGGCGAGAUAUCGUUUUUUAUCUAGGGCUAAAUCUUCGCAGUUACUGAGAAUCUCGAUGC